GUAUUGAUUGAAGGCCUUUUUUUGUUUGUGUGUUUGGGUCUUAAUUAGAUUUGAUUAAUUGUUUUUUUUUGUUGGUGGUUGUUAAUGAAAAAUGUCUAUUUUACACCUUCGACCGACUCUACAACGUGAAAUAAUUAAACUAUUACGAUGUAAAUCUAAUUUUAAAUUAUCUUCUGCUAGUUAUUAUGAAUUUAAAGAUAUCAUUGGUAACCGGGAGAUAGUUGGUUAUGGUAAUGAUGGUCAACCUUUUUAUUAUGAUCGUCUUAAUCAACCAUUUCCAGCAAUUAGAUUUAAGGAAGAUUCACCUGAUAUGUUAGCAUUAAAAGAGAAAGAAAAAGGUGAUUGGAAAUCAUUAACCAUAGAAGAAAAGAAACAAUUAUAUCGACAUUCAUAUUGUCGUACAUAUGCUGAAUUAACAGCACCAACUGGUGAUUGGAAACAAGUGAUUGCUGGUAUUCUUGGAAUUGUUGGUUUGACUUUUCUAGUUGUUGUUGGAGAGAAAGAGUUUCUUUUUCCACCAUUACCCGAGUCUAUGAAUGAAGAAAAUACCAGGAGGUUCAUGAAGUUUGCUCUUUUCAACAGAAUAGAUGAAUUUGAUGGAUACGCAUCUAAAUGGGACUAUGAAAACAAUUGCUGGAAGAAAUAAAUACACAAACACAACAACAAAAACAAUCUAAAUCAUCUCUCUCAUGUAAUGUUAACCUUUCUCGUCGCCAGUUUUAUCUUAAAGAUCAUUUUGAAAUCUUAGGAUCCAAAAGAUCAGAAAUCAAGUUUCAAAUCCAAUAACUUGAAAGAAAAUGUAUUGUUAAAUUUAGAUGAAAAUACUACUCAUGGAAUUUAUCGAUUCUUGAUGAUUACACUAAUAAAUGGAUGGUCAUCUUUAGUCUCUCAUCAACCUAA